AUGACAAAUGCAGUGCACAUGAACAAGCGUGUCUCUGCUGCUGCACUUCGAGAUACUGCCACAACCAGUGAUUACGAGGCACUUCGUCAGAAUGGCUUGACCAAAGCUCCAUCUGACCCGGAAUAUCCCAUCUCUGUGAAACUUCGGGACGAAUACAAUCACCCAGAGUUGGCGAAUGUUUUGCGGCCCCAAAAUCCAUUGUCCAUGAAGCGAGGACUCGACUCAACAAACUGUCCUACAUUCAAGAUGCUGAGGAUGAAAGCCAGAUUCGAUCUGCUAUUGAGGGAUUCUCCUUUGCUCCAGGCGAUCCAAGCCAUAUUCGAGGCGUCCAAGCAGAAUCAAGGAAACCAGGGCGCCCGUGGCCGCUCAUUGGAGGAGAGGGAUAGCUAUGAGGCUGACUUUGACGCAAUUACCAAUCUGCCAUUGGAAACCCCCUUUUACGUCCGGUCCAAAGACACUGAUGACCCAGUUCCAACCAACCCUCUUCAUCCAAUCUUUCCAGCGUUCACCAAGGAAGGGCUCAUUGGCCGUUUGAUGGACAAGCGACAUCGCCGUGGCAAUACUAAUGCUGUCACAGCUGUUCGUUCCUCCACUCUGUUGUCUCUUUAUACCGUGCAGGGAAUCGACAGUAGGGCACAGCAAAUUGGUGUCAAUGGUAAGAAUUCCUUUAUCCUUUGCCAGCUCAAGGAGCGACUUGAAGAUCAAACGAAGAAUCUGGAACAGCAAAUGCAAGAAAUUGAAGCUACCAAUGUAGGGCAAGGAUUCUGGGUGCGUAUCAACAACAAAGCUCCCAGAACCUGCCCUAAUCCUGGUCCAGUACAAGAUGGAACAGUGCACAUCUGUUACAACUUGCCAGCUUUCAACAGCGUCCGGGACGAUCGCCUCAAGAAGACAAAAGGUAGCUUGGGCAAGUCAAUCAACAAGGUGAUGAAGGGGGCUCGUCCGAUCAAAAGCUCGGAUGGUCACUUCGUACUCUGCAAGAUUGUGAGUGUUUAA